AUGCAGGUGCAGGAGCUCGCGAAGAAAUACGGAGUGCCAUAUAGGAUCGUUGCCAAAAACCUGGCGUCCAACGAGCAGCAGAGGCAGUCACAAGGGAGUGACACAGUGUCUUCCAGCAGCCUUCGAUCAGUUCAAACGGAGGAGGAAGCCCCCGCAGAGCCAGAGUACAUUGACAUUGACGCUGUGGACGCCGACAACGAGCUGGCCUGCACUGACUACGUGCAUUCCAUCAUGGAGUAUUUGUUCACAUCAGAGCGGAAACGACGGCCACUGGCGUCCUACAUGAGCACAGUGCAGCGGGACAUACAUGCCAACAUGCGUGGCAUCCUAGUGGACUGGCUGGUGGAGGUGGCCCUGGAGUACAAGUUGGUGUCGGACACACUGUUCUUGGCCAUCUCCUACAUAGACCGCUUCCUGAGCCUCCAGGUGGUGCCCCGGCAGCAGCUGCAGCUUGUCGGCGUCUCCUGCAUGCUCCUGGCGGCAAAGUACGAGGAGAUCUAUGCCCCGCAGGUGGACGAGUUCUGCUACAUCACAGACAACACAUACUCCAGGAAGGAGAUCCUGGGCAUGGAGGACUGCGUUCUGGAUUCGCUCCAUUUUGAGCUGACAGUGCCCACUCCGCGGCUGUUCCUGCGGCGCUUUCUGAAGGCCUCUGCUGCCGACUGGCCCAGCUGCGGCAUCUGGCAAUCAGAGCAGGAGUACCUGGCGGCCUACAUCACAGAGCUGUCCCUGCCAGAGUACACAGCGCUGCAGUGGCUGCCGUCACUGAUAGCAGCUGCGGCUGUGCUGGUGGCGCGGUACACCUGUUACACGGCGAUCCCUGCCCUGCGCAGCCUCCCUGUCUGGUCGUCCACCCUCGUGCACUACACCCGCUACCGGGCGUCAGAGCUGCGCACAUGCGCGCUGGCGCUGCAUAGCUUCUACGAGCGCGCAAGCAGCAAGGUCAUGAACAGCCUGCCGGCCAUCCAGGAGAAAUACGCGCAGCCCAAGUACAAGUGUGUCUCAGCCAUCCACCCCCCCAGCCGCCUGCCAGAGGCCAUCUUUGCCGACCCCCAGUGA